AUGAACGAAUCAUUCAGUCAGGUGACCAUCAAAGAAGAAAAUCUUUCAGAAGAUGAAAGUAGCAUUAGCAUAGAAAAUAAUAUUAGCAAUUCUUUAGGUUGUCAGAAUGAUUUGAAUCAAUCGUCGGGAAACAUUCGUGAUAUUUUGCGAAAUCUUAAAAAAGUAGUGACGGAACAGGAGCCUUCAAUCGAAGAAGACGAGGAAGAUGAUUCACAUGACAUAACCAACGAUUCUCCAGAAGACUUAUCAUAUUUCUUUUUGGAAAAUCAGGAAGACAAUAACGAAGAAGACAGUGAAAAUAGCCGGGAAAUUAAUUUAAAAGGAGAUUCCAGAACUACAGUUUUGGGGAUGUCUGUUUUUAAAGAAAAGUUGUUGCAGGGGCCUUAUAAAAAUAAGAGUUACUUAUCUCGAGGGCUGGAUGGUUCCGAAAAGGAAAUCGAUGGUGAUAACUUGAAAGCCCUGUCUAGCACACCUAAAUAUCACAAUGGUACUUCUGGCAAUGUCAAAGCAAUUGAUCCAAACUCAUUUUACUACAAGUACUAUUAUGGGCAGAAUAGCCGUUUAAAUACUCCUGAUAUUUCAGACCCUUUAUCUCUUCCAGGAACGCCAGUAUCUGGAAGAUCUAGCACAAGCCAUGGUCCAAUGAGCAAGCGAGAUCAAAAUGGACCAUUUUCUAAAUUUGUCAAUCCGGAAAAUAGGUUAAAGGCUGUUUCAUCAUUUUAUGGGUUUGGACAAGCUACUAACAACAUGACGAAAAGGGCACCUGAACGAUUUAAUGAUAGACUAACAAGUAAAAAGUUUAAAGCUUCUGUUCAAAAAUCUAAUAAUAAUGAGAGUGAUCCAGAUGACUCAACCUUUGAAAAUAAUUCUUUUUCUAGUGUUUUGAAAAUUGGAAGGCCUGGAACUAGUACUGGGAACACUAGCGGCAUUACGUCAAUAUCAGAUUUUGCAAGAGGUAUACCUAGCAUGCAAUAUGGAAACCGUCUUGCAGGACUUAUGAGAGAGCUUGAAACGCUUUCCCCAUACCCCAUGUCAACAUACUAUGACUCUUAUUACCAAAAAGGCAAUGAUAACACCUAUAACCAUGAGAACACAGUGAAUGUACCUAAAACACUUGGAGCCAAGGAAGUUGAAGCCAAAGAAAUUGAAGCCUCAAAUAAUGAUUCUGGGUAUAAACUUAACGUGGAAGCAAAGUAUGCAAGCAUGACAGUUGAUGAAUGGGAGGCACAAGGUGAAAUUCUAGUUGAGCGAGUUUCUAAGCUUUUGCAAAAAGUUAUUGCAUUCCGUAGAAAAAAGGCCCAAUUGGUCAAAACUUUAGACGACAUAGUUGAUGGCAAAGCAAAUGAGCUUAUGGCUCAAGAAAAGGAACUUAAGGGAAGUCUUUCGCGGUUCGGAAAUAAGGCUUCGGAGAUGGUCCACGCACUUGAAGAUUUUACUCAACCAUCAAAGAGUUCCAAAGAUAUUGAAAAUAGUGAAAAUGUGGUUUCUACAGAAUCCAAUGGUGCGUCUAAAGAGGAUAAUAAGAUUUGUUCUGCGGAACCCCAAAAUAGCAAUAAUAUCACUAUAAACCAGGAAUCUUUGCUUACAUCUUUUGAAGGUUCUAUUAUUGUUUCUAAUUGCGGACCCAGCAUGGUAAAUUCUAAACCAGAUUCUGCGGGAAAAACUGUAGAAGCAAUUUUGGAGGGACAAAGUGGAGGGAAUGUUGCAACUACAAACGAACCAAACAAUGAAAAAGAUGUUGAAGGAAAUAUGAAAAGUGUUGAAACGUCGGAAAAGUUGAACCAGGAAAUAGUAGGAAGUACUGAUAACAAUGAUUUUUCAAUCUCAAAACCUGCGUUGGAAAAAGAUGAAGGCUUGUUAGAACCAGAAAAUCUUUUAAAUUUUAUGUAA